AUGAUUGCUGCGUACAAAAUUGACAUCGACUUGGGCCUUAUGUUGAAGAAUUUUGAGCAACGGUUCACUAUGAGACCUGAUCAAAUCAUCGGGAACUUACAGUUUGACAACCUAAAUUACUCUAGGGAUCACAAAUGCGAGGUCGCUGCUAUUGUCGAGUACACAAAGUACAUGGAACAUGCAUUGUUUUUACGAUUCAGCCGAAACCCAGCGUAUUAUACGCUAACUCUUUUUGUCCCAAAUACAGUCCUCACUACUUUAAGCUGGGUUGUACUGUGGAUAGAGCCAUCAGCUCUACCCGAGAGAGCCAGUAUCUGCAUCGCUCUCAUCUUGGCACAGGUCAUCCUCAUCGUUGGCGAGGAGCAAGGGUUUCCCCAGUCGACCGAAUUUAAGAUUAUCGAUGCUUAUCUCAUCGUGAAUUUCAUGUUGAAUGUGGCUUCUUUGGUCGAGACACUAAUGGCUUCUUGUGUAAUGAAGAAAGUGUUGGCAAGGAAAAAUCCAAAACGAUUUAAGCUGAUGACAUUUGGAAACAAUGAAGAUGACGGAGCAUCGGGAAUUAAACCAGAAAAUGGAUCAUCUGCUCACGUUGUUAAUUGCAGGCAUCCAGAGCACCCUUCGGAACAUUCAGUUCCAAAAGACGUAGAAUUAAAUGAUCUGAAUGGCAACUCGGAUCUGAUAUCGACUGUGGAUAGCCUCGAUAGAAUCUGCAGAACAAUUUUUCCGAUUUCUUUUGUGGCAUGGAAUGUUUCGUUUUUUAUUCUAUCCAAAUAUUUCUCAGAUAAAGCGUACAAUGAAUUUGAACCGGAUCCGAACUUUUCUCUGUACUAAAAACAAAUUUUUUAAAUUCAAGUUUAGCCGCCAACCAUCCUCACUUAUCGGAAAAAUAUAACUAUACACAUUUGUUUAUUUUUCUGAUUAUAAUGUUGAGUUAUUAAGCAAAUUUAUCACUCGUUUCCAACUACAUUGUUCAAAAAUAAUUGCACCCCAAAAUUGACGCUUAUGUGAGGUUGGGAGGUGGAGGUAGUCUAAAUCAUAAAACACCUCAGAUGAAAACCAAAUUUGAUAAGAUCAAAACUGGAAUUUAAAGCAUGAUUAACUUCGUAUCGCGCAUU